AUGGAAUUCAAUUCAAAGAUGGGAAUAUUGCAGCUGCUCAAAUCCCAGUUUGUCCUUCACCUGUUGAUGGUCUAUGUCUUCAUGGCCAGUGGAAUCAUAGUGAACCUACUACAGAUAUGCACUUUACCUCUGUGGCUGGUCAACAAAAAACUUGCCCGAAAAGUCAACGUCAGACUGGGCUACUGUAUUAUGAGUCAAAUUGUUGCCGUGCUGGAGUGGUGGUCUGCCACAGAGUGCACACUUUACACAGACCCUGAGAGUUACCCACUUUACGGAAACGAAAAUGCCAUAGUCGUACUUAACCACAACUUUGAGAUUGACUUCCUGUGUGGUUGGACCUUCUGUGACCGCUUCGGGGUUCUAGGGAGUUCAAAAGUGCUUGCCAAAAAGGAGUUGGCUUAUGUGCCAGUCAUCGGGUGGAUGUGGUAUUUCCUGGAGAUAGUUUUUUGCAAGAGAAAAUGGGAAGAAGAUCGACAAACUGUAGCAGAGAGUCUCCAAAACCUUCAUGAUUAUCCUGAAAACUUUUGGUUUUUGCUUUUUUGUGAAGGCACACGGUUUACGCUGAAAAAGCACAAGCUCUCAAUGCAGGUGGCUGAGAGCAAAGGCCUCCCUAAACUCAAGUAUCAUCUUUUACCCCGCACCAAAGGAUUCUGGGUCACGGUACAGAACCUCAGAGGAAAUGCGGCUGCUGUGUAUGAUUCAACACUAAAUUUCAGAAAUAAUGAAGCCCCAUCUUUACUCGGACUCUUGAACGGGAAGAAAUAUCAUGCCGAUUUAUACGUCAGAAGAAUUCCUUUGGACACAAUCCCAGAAGGUGAGGCAGAGUGUGCCUCAUGGCUCCACAAACUCUACCAGGAAAAAGACAGCUUUCAAGAGCACUACGCCCAGACAGGAAAGUUCCCUGGGCCCAUAAAGAGCCCUCCUCGUCGACCGUGGUCUUUGAUCAUUUGGAUCUUCUGGUUCUGCCUGCUCCUCUUCCCACUGUUCCGAGUUUUCGCACAACUGGCCCACUCCGGCUCUGUGCUGACUAUUUUGACUACAGUGGCCUUGUGCAUCGCAGUAUCACUGGUUGCUCGCUGGAUGAUUGGUCAGACUGAGAUUAACCGAGGCUCCAGUUAUGGAAAUGCAAAGGUUUCUAUCAACAAUAACUAA